UGUCCCCAAUCACCAAAUGCGUAACAUCGCUUUUGAUGUUGGUGGUUGUGACAGUACUGGUGACACCCAGCCCGAUUCCAACAGAUGAGUACAUGAACAUGAGGAACUCUCUCAUCUCUGAAGACGAAAACACGAGGAUUGGCUCUCAGCUGAAUCUAACGGAGGAGGAAAAGUUGGCUAACGCUGUGUUCAUGAAGGAAAAACGCACCAUGAUAGACGAGAGUAGAGACACCCCAAGUUUAUUUCUCCCAACAGCAAGCUUCUACCGCUCCAAGCAGUACAUUCAACAGACCAAACUCUACAAACUCAUUCAAAAGAUGCCCAAAGGCGCUGUACUGCAUAUCCACGACCUAUCAAUGGUCUGUGUUGAUUGGGUUGUAAACAACGCCACCUACCGGGAUAAUGUGUACAUGUGUGAAGCUAACCAAUCGCUCAAUUUUCGGAUUUUCAACGAAUCAGCCAUUGCUUCAGAUUGUGAAUGGAAGUUAUUGAGGACACUGAGAGCCUCAGAAAGUGACAUAAAAUCAUUUGAUGCUAAAAUAUGUCAGAACCUGACCUUGUUAUCCAGCGAUCCCUUCACGACUUUCGAAGACAACCAAGCGGCUUGGGUCCCGUUUCGCGCAUACUUUCACCAAAAGAUCCUCGGGCUGUUAACGUACACCCCUGUGUACAUAGACAUGGUUGUACAAACACUGGAAGAAUUCUAUCAAGACAAUGUGCAGUAUUUGGAGAUCCGUGGAGGCCCAAGCACGUUGUUUGAACUGAACGGCACAGUUCACGAUCUCGAGACCAGCGUGAACCUAAUCAAAGCUGCAGUUAAUGAGUUCAAGGACACACAUCCAGGUUUCACUGGCGUCAAGUGGAUCCUCGACGGUUCAAGAAGCGACCCUGUGGACGAGAUCCUGGAGCAGGUCAAGUCUACCAUGUCCCUACACCGGAAGUACCCAGAGUUUAUCAUCGGCUACGACAUGGCCGGCAACGAAGCUUUCUUCAACCCGAUAGUCCACUACAUCGAGGCGUUGCUCUACCCGUCCAGACAAAGCCCGCCCAACAGUUUACCUUAUUUCUUUCAUGCAGGGGAGACUAACUGGCAGGGUACUAAAACUGACAGAAAUAUAGUGGACGCCAUUUUGUUGAACACAACACGAAUCGGGCACGGAUACGCCAUAGGAAAACACCCCAGGCUGAUGGAGAUAGUGAAAGAAAGGGAUAUAGCUAUAGAGGUCCAGCCUAUAUCUAAUCAGGUGCUGAGGCUGGUCAGUGAUUUCAGAAACCAUCCAAUGGCGGCCCUCAUUGCCAACAACAUGCCCAUCGUCAUCAGCUCCGAUGACAUCACAUCGCUGGACUCUGGUCCCCUGUCGUUUGAUUUCUUCAUCACCUUUAUGACCAUGUCCAGUGAGGAUGCUGACCUAACACUGCUCAAACAACUGGCCAUCAACUCUAUCAAGUACAGCAGACUUAACUACGUCGAAAAACUUGAAGCCAUGGGGGUCUGGGAGUCGAACUGGGCCAAGUUCAUCAAGGACGUCAUAGCUGUUUAGCUGACAGACACUUGACGUCAUAGCUGUUUAACUGUCAGACAUGUGACGUCAU